GUAAUAUUUGUCCAGCAUUACUUCUUUGACAUGGUUUUAGAACUUGCUGAAUCACAGUACCAACUUUACGGAAAUAUUGUGGGAGUAUGGAUGAACGAAGAUUACGUGAUUAUAACUUACAAUUCCAAAUUAGCCCAACAAAUUUUUGAUCAAAAUCAACCCAAUUUAAAAAACUUUAUUACAAAUACGGAUAACGUUUAUAGUUUAAAAGAAGUCGGAAUACACCAAAAAGGGAUUAUUCGUAAUAAAGACAUCCCAAAAUGGUCCUCACCAAGGCGUAUAUUACAAUUUGACUUAGAUUCGGAUAUUUGUCAAAAGGUUUCUGAUAUUGUAAUCAUUUUUGAGACGGCUCUGGGAACUCGUGAUGUUAAGGCUCAAGAUUUUUUUCUAUUAAGUUUGUGUAAUUUAUGGCAACUUUUAUGUUACCGAAAGUCUGUUCUGAGUAUUGUCGUAAAUUCCAACUCACAAAUAUACUCCUUCCUACAUCACUUUCGUAGUUAUACAACUGAAAUAGUCAAUUUUGCAAGUGUUUUUUACACCAAAAACAAAAAUUUUGAUAACCAGAUAAUGAAUUUAAUUAGUUCUUCAAGCGAUUCAAUCUUAAAAGAUGACUUGCUGGAAUCUGUGCGGCUAAUAGAUGUUGAAAUGAUUGUUGCCAGAAAGUUUUGGGGUGAUUGUGAUGUUUCAAAAAUUCAUAUUCAAGCAAGUAUAGAUCGUUUUAUUAAACUUGUGUGUAUGAAUCACCGAUUUGUAUUUGCAAAGUUAGAGGAGAAAAGUAAGAUUAUUAAUACCAAAACAAAAUGGAAAGUUACACAGCAACCAGUUAUUGAAAACUUUAUUAAUAUCCUUCCAAGAAAAAAGAUUGUUAUAAUUGGUGCUCAUAGUGUUGGUAAAUCGACUAUUGCGAGAAUUAUUAAGAUUCAUAAUAAUAAUGCAAUCUUAGUUAAUGAGAUUGCAAGAACUAUAAUAGAAAAAUUUAAAAUAGACGUGAAUACUCUUAAAGAUGACCCAGAAAAAUAUUUUAAAUUUCAGGCAUUCAUUAUUAGAAGUCAGUGUAUAAUAGAAGAACAAAUCGAACAUAAAUUUGCAAUUCUUGACCGAAGUAUAUUAGACACCAUAGUAUAUACUCAGAUUUAUUGUAAAAAGUUAUGGAAAAAAUUAUUAUGUAUGAAAAAGCCAAAAAAAGAAUGUUUGGAGAACGAUGGCAUCCGAAUGGUGCCAAAAGAUAUUGACGAAUUGGUGACAUUCUCUAACGACCUCAAAAAGCUAAUGGAUGAAUUUAAUAUUAAAUAUCAUUUAGUAAGCGAUUUAGACGUAAACCAACGAUACUCAAAAAUUAUGAAGAUUAUUGGUCUUUCCAAUAGCAACACAAAUAAUGCUGAAGAUAUAGAAAACAUAAAUUACUUUGCUGAUAUUAUUGAAAAAAACAUGGAUAACUUGGAUACCAGUUCUCAAGUAACUUCAAUUACCAGCAAUGCUGAAAAUGAUGUGUCAAAUUAUUUACUAGAAAAAACUACCAAGUUGGGCAUUAUGUGA